AUGUUGCGUUCUCGCUUGGAGUAUCUUGCAGAUGAGACGGGAUUGCUGAACGGCCAGGAGAUGGCUAUCAAGUUUGUUGAAGCAUUGCCAGAGAAGCUGCGUGUGCGCGUGGAACCCAUUGUUUACGCUAUGGGAGCUAAUGGAGUUUAUACGCUCAACCAAGCUUUUGAAGUGGCAGACCGUCUGGAUCUUGCAACGGCGUAUGCAGACGGCCGCAGAGGAAAGACCAAGGAGGACAACGACUCAUAUGGCAGGAGGCCCUGGGGAGGAGCCUCGCAUGGCCCUCGAGGGGACUUGCACGUGACAGGCGGGAGGAAGCAAGAGCGCGCUUCAUGGCAAGGCGCCAAAACGAGGCUCGUUGCUGAGCACUUGGACGAGAUUGAGCAAAGCCGCCAGGAGGCGUGCUGCCGUUCAGCGGCUGAGGACACUCAUCGCCGCGCCGAGGAAGCAAGGGAGAUAGAGCGGCGCAACGAGCAGCGCAGGGAGCUGGAGCGCGUGGAGAAGGAGCGGCAGGAGGAACAGCGUAGAAAGAAGAAACGGCAAGAGGAGCAGCAACAGAGGGAGGAGAAUAACGGGCGGCACGGGGAGGAUCAAAAGCAAAUGAGAAGACGAGAAGCGCUUGAGGCGUGA